UCCCGUACCUCUGACAUUCUUACACUGUCACCCAAGAUCCGAUACCCUUUCCCUUCUCCCACGUGUACACGUGCCACUCACUUUCUCCUCAAUUCACCACACGUGCCAACCUCAUUUUUCUCUCUCCUCCCUUUUCCUUUCCCCCACACGCACUCUAUGUGCGCAAUAACACAUUAACAACAAUAACAAGUAACAACAACACUCCCUCCAAAUUCCAAUCUCUCCAUGCACAAACCCAAUCAAACCUCCAUUAUUCUCUUUCCUCCAUCACAAUUCACAACCUCAAAUCACUUUCUAAAUCCACUUCCGGUUUUCCGGCAUUCAUUCCCGGUUUUCCGAUCUCGGAAAACCACUCCAAAUACAAAACCUUCUGGAACUUUCUAGAUAAUGGAGUCGAUACUUGCAAGAGCAUUGGAGUAUACGCUUAAAUACUGGUUGAAAUCUUUCACUAGAGAUCAGUUCAAGUUGCAAGGACGCACUGCUCAGCUCUCCAAUUUAGAUAUCGAUGGAGAUGCUUUGCAUUCGAGUCUUGGAUUGCCGCCGGCGAUUAAUGUUACGACGGCAAAAGUAGGAAAGUUGGAAAUUGUGCUACCGUCAGUAAGCAAUGUGCAAGUAGAGCCAAUUGUGGUGCAGAUAGAUAGGCUUGAUUUGGUUCUUGAAGAGAAUGCAGAUGCAGAUACGUGUCAAAGUAACAGCAGUGCCCAAUCCACUAGUAGUUCAGGAAGGGGGAGCGGUUAUGGAUUUGCUGAUAAGAUUGCUGAUGGGAUGACUAUAGAAGUACAAACUGUCAACCUUUUACUUGAAACUCGAGGAGCUGGUCGUCGUCAAGGUGGAGCAACAUGGACGCCUCCUAUGGCAUCCAUUACUAUUCGUAACCUUCUACUUUACACUACUAAUGAGAACUGGGAGGUUGUAAAUCUUAAAGACGCAAGAGAUUUCUCCAGCAACAAGGAUUUCAUCUAUGUUUUCAAAAAACUUGAAUGGGGAUCUCUGUCCAUUGAUCUCCUUCCUCACCCUGACAUGUUUAUGGAUGUCCGUGUUCAAGAGGGAUCAAAUAAGAGAGAUGAUGAUGGAGCAAAACGUUCUUUUUUUGGUGGAGAGCGCUUUCUCGAGGGGAUAUCGGGACAGGCUUAUAUCACUGUACAAAGGACACAACUAAAUGAUCCUAUGGGGCUUGAGGCCAGGUUGCAUAUAACUGAAGCUGUUUGUCCUGCUUUGAGUGAACCAGGACUACGAGCUUUUCUUCGCUUCUUGACGGGACUAUACGUCUGUCUUAAUAGAGGAGAUGUGGAUCCAAGGGCACAAAAGCGAUCUACAGAAGCAGCUGGAUGUUCAUUAAUUUCCAUAAUUGUUGAUCAUGUUUUUCUCUGCAUUAGAGACACAGAAUUUAGGCUUGAACUGUUGAUGCAGUCGCUCUGCUUUUCACGGGCAAGUACAUCUGAUGGAGAAAAUGCCAAAAACUUGACCCAAGUUAUGAUUGGUGGACUUUUUUUGAGGGAUACAUUUUCUCGACCUCCGUGCACUCUUAUCCAACCAUCAAUGCAGGCAUUAGGAAACGACUUUCAGCAGAUUCCUGACUUUGGUAUCAGUGCAAAGGACUUUUCACCUCCAAUAUAUCCUCUGGGAGAUGAACAUUGGAAAUUGAAUGAGGCUGCCUCGUUUAUAAACAUCCAUUCUCUGCAGGUGACGCCCUCGCCGGCUCCUCCAUUGUUAGCUUCACAGACAGUAAUUGCCUGCCUGCCUCUUAUGAUCCAUCUUCAGGAAGAGUCCUGUUUGAGAAUAUGUUCCUUUUUAGCUGACGGAAUUGCAGUCAAUACUGGUUCUGUCUUGCCGGAUUGUUCCAUAAAUUCUCUUAGGUUCACUCUAAAAGAACUAGAUCUUACAGUUCCAUUGGACGCUGCAAAGGCAGCUAAUGAUGCCUGCAAUAGUGAGACUGCUUUCCAGGACUUGUUUGCUCAAGCUAAGCUUCACAUAGAAAAUCUGUUUCUGUCCGAAUGCCCUGCACUACGUAUGACUGUGCUUGAGUUGGAGAAGGAUCCUUCUUGUUUCUGCCUCUGGGAUGAUCAACCUAUUGAUGGGAGCCAGAAAAAAUGGUCUGCUGGAGCUUCAUACAUAAGUUUAUCUCUUGAAAAAUCAGAUGAUGCAGAUGUUGAGAAAAAUUCUUCUGAUUCUUCUUUGAGAUUGUGGAGAUGUGUUGAGGUGAAGGAGGUCUGUAUUGAGGUAGCUAUGGCAACUCUAGAUGGAAGCCUACUAGUUCAUGUUCCUCCUCCCGGGGGUAUUGUGAGAGUUGGUAUUGCAUGCAAGCAAUACUGCUCCAAUACUUCUGUUGAGCAGUUGUUUUUUGUCCUGGAUCUCUACGCUUAUUUCGGAAAAGUAAGUGAGAAGAUAGCUUUAGUAGGAAAGAGCAGUAAACUGACAAUCCAAAGAACUCAAUCUUGGAAUGGUGAGCUUAUUUCUAAGGCUCCCAGUGAUACCGCAGUGAGCUUUAUCAUAAAGGGCCUUCAACUAAGAUUUCUGGAAAAUUCCUGCAAGACUACACAAGGGAAGCCUUUGGUUCAAUUCAUGGGGGAAGAUCUGUUUAUUAAAGUAGGUCAUCGAACCCUUGGUGGUGCCAUUGCUAUCUCGUCUAAUAUACGCUGGGAAACUGUGGAACUGGAUUGUUUAGAUGUGGAGGGUAACUCCGCGCUUGCAAAUGGUGCAAUGUCAACUUCCUGUACAAAUGGUUCUCUGGUAAAUGCAAAUGGAUGUCCACAGCUCAGAGCUGUAUUAUGGGUAGAGCGAAAAGAUCAGAAUCAGUUAAGGGGAAGGACAAAGCAUGCUUCUCCGUUCCUCGAUGUUAACAUUGUGCAUGUGAUUCCUUCCCAAGCUCAAGAUGCUGAUUGUCAUAGCUUAAAUGUGUCAGCUUGUAUUGAUGGUGUUCGUCUGGGUGGAGGAAUGAACUAUUCUGAAGCUUUAUUGCAUCAGUUUGGUAUUCUUGGGGCUGAUGGGGGCCCUAGUGAAGGACUUUUGAAAAGGUUGGAGAAUUUGUCUAGCAGUCCAUUGUCAAAGGUCUUCAAGGCACCAUCUCAUGCUGUGGAUCACGUGAAAGAAAAUGGAACAUGUGAUACUAACCAUGAUAGUUUUCUCUCUCACCUGGGAAGGCCAGAUGAGGUGGAUGUGUCGGUUGAUCUUAGAAAUUGGUUGUUUGCUCUUGAAGGCGCUGCAGAGAUGAUAGAAAGCUCAUGUGUUAAUAAUGGUGAAAAUUCUAAUAGGGAAGAUAGGUCUUGGCAUACUACUUUUAAGAGCUUGAAGAUUAAGGCAAAAAAUAGUCCAAAGCCAAAGGACCUAACAAAAUACAAUGUGAAGUCCAACGGCGUUCACAGAUAUCCAGUGGAACUGAUAACGAUUGGCGUUGAAGGUUUGCAGACCUUAAAACCUCAAGUCCAAACAAGCAUCGAUGCAGUGGAGUUUCCUGCCAGCGCUACUAGAGAAGCAGAUAUGAAGAAAGCGGGAGGAGUAAAUGUUGAGGCUCGUGUGGUUGUCUCUGAAGAUAAUAUUGAAGACGGAUUAGGCAACUGGAUGGUUGAAAACCUUAAGUUCUCAGUUGAACAACCGAUUGAGGCUGUUGUUACCAAGAAUGAGCUACAGCAUCUUGCCUUUCUUUGCAAAUCUGAAGUCGAUUCUUUUGGAAGAGUAGCUGCUGGAGUCUUGCGGCUUCUGAAGCUGGAGGGUGUUUUAGGCCAAGCAACCAUUAAUCAGCUAAAUAACCUUGGAAGUGAAGGCCUGGAUAAAUUUUUUACCCCAAAACAGCUCACCCGAGGUGAGAAUGCUGUCUUUGAGCAUAGCCUUUCAAAUGGAUUGGGGAAUAGCCCACAUCCAUCAUCGAGAACCAUUGUGACCUUGCUUGACAAGGAACUGGAGGAUACAGAAUCCAAAUGUGCUGCCCUGAUUGCAAACAUCGGUGAAUCAAAGGAUUCCUCACAACUCCUUGAUCGCGCCAAAGAACUUGGUCAACAAAUUGAAAGCCUACAUAGUUUAUUGAAGCAGUUGAAGGCUCAAGGUUAGCUUUUUAUGUCAUUCUUUCUCUACAAGUUCAGAAAACAGGGAGGAAAAUUCCAACCCUGUUUAGUAUAUUUUUGGUGAUUCUUUUUUGUACAUAGUCAUAUAUAAUAUAUUAUACGAGCAUGUAGACAAUAAUACUAAUAAGAAGCAUUCACUUAGAUAAAAAAAGGUUUGUAUCUUGAAUGUGAAAUUUUGUAUUUCCACGCACGAAAGGCAAGGGAAGUGUAGUGAAGUCUCUUCAAUCCAAUUUGAAAUUUUGGCAAUGUAUUAACAACAUUUUUUUUUCUUCUAUGGAAGUUUAUAGUUAUUGUUGA